ACAAUUCUGUCCCUCUAGAAGAAAUGAUUAGAAUUGAAGAAGUUAUUGGUGAACUAAAUGGAGAAGAUGCUAAGGAGAAGCAUGGGUUGCCACCAGGGUUUAGGUUUCACCCUACUGAUGAAGAGCUCAUUGCCUUUUAUUUGGCCUCGAAAAUCUUCGAUCUUGGAACUUUUCAUGGUGUCAAUAUUGCAGAGGUUGACCUCAAUAGAUGUGAGCCUUGGGAACUUCCAGAUGAGGCAAAGAUGGGGGAGAGGGAGUGGUACUUUUUCAGCCUAAGGGUGAGAAAGUAUCCGACUGGGUUGAGAACGAACAGAGCAACGGUCGCGGGAUACUGGAAAGCGACAGGGAAAGACAGGCAAAUAUACAGUAGUAGUGGUUCAAGUUCAACAACAAAUGGAGUGAUAAAACUAGGAACCAAAAAAACUUUGGUUUUCUACAAAGGAGGCGCCCCGCGAGGUCUCAAGACUAAGUGGGUGAUGCAUGAAUAUCGCCUCCACUCUGAUCUCACUUCCUGCAUUUCCUGCAAGGACGAGUGGGUUCUAUGCAGAAUAAUUCAGAAAUCCGCAGGGAAGAUGAAGCCUCCUCAGAGUUUCCAAAUUCAAACAUGUUUUCAAGAAAAGUUGCCUACUCCUUCCUUGCCCCCAAUAUUGCACCAGAUUCCUCCUCUCCCUCCUCCAGCGUUACUCCAACAAAAUCAUCAAUCUCAAAUCAUUCGUUUUCAGCGCCACGAAAAUGGCGGCGGCCUCGAGAGCUUAAUUAUGAACAACCCACAGCCACAGUCGGUGUACAACAACCAUUUUUCCAUCAAUAACCCACCACUGGUGGACGGCGGCGCGUGGGGUAGUUUUGGAGUGGACGGCGGCGCGUGGGGAGUGGAUGUAGGGGACAGUACUGAUCUGGUUGACUGUGAGAGUAACGAUAAGAAUAAUGACUGUCAGAUGUUGUGUUAGAUUAUUGUAAAACACAGAUCCCGAAGCAUCCGAUGUUUUUGGAUGCUCAAAGAUCCAUGUUUUUAGUACCAUAGUAUCUACUUGAGAGUUCGAGACUUGCUUUUCAAUUUAUGGCAUUCCUGAAACUUGGGAGUUCA